CAGCACAUUGUGAAUUUGUGAUAUCCAAGCACCCAAAUACCGAUAAAAUUGGCUCCAACAAGUGCCAAACAGUUGGUCCCAUCGAGAUCUAAUCAAAACCACACACUGCUUCACCUUGCAACACUCCAUGUUCUGCGCUCAUGGCCUUGAUUCUUGCCAGCUUGAGUUGAUAGCUGCACUUGGACUGAAUGCUUCUCUUUUUCCCUCACCUAUAAAUCCAUCAUAUUAGCACAAUACUUCAUCAGUCAAACCACAAACACAUCUUGAUACAGAGGUUCUCUGAACUCUAAGCCAAGAAAGGAGGAGAUCGAAGCAUCCAUGAUCAUGGCCAAGAGACUUGUUCAAAUGGCGAGGAAGUGGCAGAGAAUGGCUGCCCUGGCGAGGAAGCGGCUCACGUUGGCCCCGGCGAAAGAAACCGAAGGAUCGUGCGGCACGUCGACGUCGGUGGCCGGAAAGGGCCACUGCGUCGUGUACUCGGCCGACGGGAGGCGGUUCGAGGUCCCACUGGCGUACCUCGGUACAGCAAUCUUCGGUGAACUCCUGAGCAUGUCGCAAGAGGAGUUCGGGUUCUCGUGCGACGAUGGCAGGAUCACGCUGCCCUGUGACGCCGCGGUGAUGGAGUACGUGAUGUGCUUGCUUAGGAGAGAGGCCUCUGAAGAGGUUGAGAGGGCGUUCUUGAGCUCCAUGGUUAGGCCUUGCCACACUGUCAGCGGCGUGGCGCCAUCGAUGGGACUCAUGCAGCAAUCAGCUGUUUGUGCAUAGCUCAUUAGCUCCCGAUGUAUAUACGUUUUUGUUCAACCAGAUGUAAGAUUCUGGAAACACAGAAAAUGGUACGAAAUAUAUUGCAA